AUGAGGCCAGACAAUUUGUUGAGGUCGCAUGGAAAGGAGAAGCUGGGUGACAAGCCUGACUUCGCCAAGGGCUCGUUUUACUUCAAUCCGUUGUCGGAUACUCCAGGCACAGAGGACGACAUGGCCAAAUUUCCCUGGGCGUUGCCCAAGAAUCGAUGGCCCAAGGAGAUCCCUGAGCUGGAGAGGAAAUGCAAGGAUCUGGGCAAGGUGAUGCAAGAGAUAUUCACACCGCUUCGCGGUCGAAGCCGCCCGCACGGAGGAUCAAAAAGCACCUUGUGCUCUCCGAGCCGGGAGGAAGCGGAGGUCAUUGGAUUCCUCGGGGAGCAGGUUGACCACGUGAUGGCCAGCAAGGUGAAGACCUACACUGCAAACCUCGGAAAGACCCUCCGCGAGACCAACAAGUGCAAGGGCAGACUUCUCUACUACUUUCCUCCUAAGGAGACAGUAGCCCCUGGCGGCAACGAUGUCUCGGAGGAGCAUUCUUUGGGGGCACAACGACUCCGGUUUCAUGACCGGGUUGACGCCGGACCUCUUUGCCGCAUUGCAGCACGGCUCAGAGAUCGAGAAUCCUGA